GCCGCGCGUCUUUCCAACCAUCUCUUUAUCUCACUCUCAAAGUGCGCGUUUGUGCGCGCCAGUGUGUGUGUGAGCUCCCAAAAUACAAAAAAUAAAUAAAAAAAAACACUCGAGAGCUUUGCUGUUUACCACAAGUACAACUUGGGCCACUGGACAUCGGUGUACGGAAGAGAGUGGUUUUUUUUCUUCUUUACUUUCGCACUGUAGAGAAGAACCGUCUUGGUCGCCGAUCGGUUUCCUCGGAGCUUUUUGUGCGCGUCUUCUCGAGGUGCUCGGUUCAAGUUCAAGAGUCCAAUGAGAACAAGCGGGAGACGAGGGACUUUCCAUUGCUAUGUGCACUCGCUAAUUUUAGUACGGAUCAGGUGGCUGGGUGAACUCGAGGCUCGCAAGUCUUAGGCAGAUCCUUCAACAUGGCUGUCGACAAUCCGUCGUACUUUUCGCUACGUGGCGGUGACUCCAAGACCAGUGCGUCGCCUCCAGCCACUUCCUCCUCGCAGCGGAGCUUUGGCGGCUUCUUCCGGCGCAACAAGCACCCCAAGAUGCCACCGGUCGUAACGACCGACAGGAACGGCAUGCCAGUGCUGACCACUGGCGCCCAGCAACUGGCCAAGGGCAACUCCUCGGGUGCGAGUACGGGCCAGCGGAGGAGCUUCAGGAGCUUGUUCAGGUCCGUCAGUGCAAGCGCCGAUUGCGAGAAGACCAGGCAGUUCCUCAAGGGAGAGCCGCUACCCACUGACAUAGCACCACCGUCACCCUGCUUCAGAUCGAGGCGUCGGUACGGGCCAAAGCAGAACGGCGAGCCGCAGAUCUGCAGGGACGUGGCCUCGUUUUAUGGGCUGUCGAGUGAGAACGGCUCUAGCACAGCAUCUGGACUGUCCAGGUGCAUCGAGGACGAGGAUUAUUACCAAUUCGGCACCGGGUCCGAGUGCGCCAGCGAGGCAAGCACUCUGCCGCUCGACGAGGUCAGGAUCAUGGGCCAGAGGAAUUACUACAAUCUCACGUCCACGUUGCCCAGUACGAAGAGCCAAUCGCACGUGAACGCCAACAGGCAGAGGCUGCAGCACCAGCAGCACCAGCAGCAGCAAACCAGUCACCAGAGACGCCACUCGAUCGGCACGUUCAUGGAACGGGAGAGAUCUGCCAUUGCGGCAUCCACGGCCAUGGCCUCGCGGACCCAGCCACACAGAUCGAUGGACCUCGUCGACGAGAACGACGAUGCCACCGAGUGCGACGUGGCGAGGCCCUCGGCAUCCAGACACAACAGACUUGGCACGCGUCACGCAACCACGACGUUCAUCGCAAAGCCGCCAGAGACAAGCAGCACGGCCAUACGGGACGACGUAGUUUUCAUCUCGAGCCGCGACAACGGAGCCUCGACCCUCUGGGUGAACUACUUGACCGCGUGCUUCGAGCAGAUCAGCCGACAGCAGGGCAAGCCGCCCUUUAGAGUGCUGCAGUUGACGUUCGAGGAGCAGCUUGGCCCGGGCGCGGACGUGCGCGUUCGCAACUCGCGGCUGCAGAUAGUCGUGGUGUGCCCGAUAUUCCUGGAGCGCGUGGUCGAGCGCCCGGAGCACGCAACGUCGGUCACGCGGCUGCUCAACACCGACCGGGUCCUCGCGAUGAUGCUCGGAGUCCAGGACAGCCACUUGAGCGCCAGCCAGAAGGCGAGCCUCGUCACGUAUCCGAGCUGGCGCAAGUUCUUCGUCAAGGACCAGGACGAGACUUUCGUCGGCCACCUGUUGGGAGCGGCCGUCACCAUACUCGGCAACGCGAGCGCCAAUAAUCUCAAGAUCGACAAAACCGGGUUCUCGGUGCACCCGAAGAAGGUGAAAACGGGCCACAACCGGAUACUCGCCUUGUUGAACGACCCACUGCAGCCCGAGGACACAGUGACCGUGAUCGUGGACCGUUGCGGCGAUGCCCUCGAAAUCAGCCACGUGAAACGACGCAACCCGUACACGUUGCAGUUCGCCGUGCCCGAAAGCUGCCUCGACGUGUCGAUGCUCGUCGGGGUGAGGAUACUGCGAAACGGCACGCCCCUGGGCGUCAGACAGGUCAAGUGCGAGAGUCGCCUCAGGGAGCUGGAUCAGAUACUGCGAGCUUAUGACAACCCGCUCGAGUUCAUGUGUCAGACGUUUGGCUUUCAUCCCGGUGACAAGGAUCAGCUGGACAACUGGAUGGUUCACGCCUUCCAGAAGAACAUACCGCCGUACUUUAAUUUGCUGUCGACCCCACCUGGUGACCUUCAGCUCUCUAAAAACCACUCGAGCUCGGAGGAGAACCCCACGCUUCUGCACUUCGCGGCGCGCUUUGGUCUGGAGAAGCUGGCCUGGCAGUUGCUCGAGUGCCCAGGCGGCGACAUAGCUUGCGACAUGAGGAACGUCAACGAUUUGACGCCCGCCGAUCUAGCCGAGCAGGCUGGGCACCUUAAAUUGGCUCAUCAGCUUCGCGGUUACAUGCAAAUGAACGAAUUCUCGAAUAUGUACAGCUACUUGAAGGUGAUGAGCGAGAACACAACUGGCAGUGCUAAUGGCUAUCGUCUGCUUGCCCACGAGGUGUCCGAGCGACAACGGGAACCACCGACGGCCGAGGAGGAUGUCGCAAACCGACAUCAGGAGGACUAUUGUCUUCCGCGGCCUCUGAGCGAGGCUUACUCGGUGCCGCCGGUGGCACGACCAGUGAUGGCGACUGUUCACACCUUCCCUGAUUAUUCGACGCCGCCUCCUCUACCGCUUCCGAAUCCAACAGUCGCCUCCUCGACCGCUUCGGAAGCCAGUGACUCGGCGACACCGACCCCCAUGCCACUGGGAGCCUUCGCGUCCACUUCGACGCUCAACGCUUCCAGCAUGGACCUGCCAUUGCACGGCUACUUGCAGAUUAAUCACGAAGGUCUGCGAUCGCCCGACUCGACGCCGACAGCUCUCGCUUCAUCCCAAUCGCUCAACCAGAGUCCCGAGGCUUCACCGGCCGAUCUCAAAAACCCAGAUCCAGAAAGGAGCGACCAGCUCAGCACAAAGUCAAGCCAGAGCGGGAGGUCCAGCAAGACUCGGGAGAGCGAGCCGCAGGACGAGCUGCUCGAGAUCAUCACCGACUUCAAGAACAACGUGUUCACCAUCUCGGAGGUCGAGAGACUCGUUGAGAAUUGGAGGAACCGCAACGAUGUCCAACAGAGUUUCAAGGAUAAGCAGCGCCAGCUCUCGGCCAUGAGGGACGAGUACGAGAGGAUACAAAAGAGGAUGAAGGACGAAAUGAAGGCGCCCACGCCCUUCGACAGGAUCAAAAAGUUCUUCACCAAGGGAAAAAAGGAUGCGAAAGAUUCUGGGGGGACGAACGAUGAUACGGCACAGAACAAGCAGAACAACGUCAAUGCCAAUCUGGCCGAUCGGCGCCCCGUCAGCAGCCUUAGUCUCCACAGUGUCUCGAGCUCUUCGUCGUCCGGUCGAAUGAGCACCGUAAGCGGCUGCAGUGGCGCCAGUCUUGGUGACAGUGGCACGCAUUCCGACACCGAUGACCGAAGACAUGUCAUACCGGAGGAAAAGUCGGUGGGAAUCACAAGCUACGAGAUCCCACCUGCUCCUAAACCUUUUAACGGAAGACUGUACCAACCACAAUCUGCUGGACGAGUUUUACCAUCAACGUCCGGUCGUCCGAGCGCUAGUAACAACGAGUUGGACUUGCGACCGGUCAAGUCUUCGCAGUCCACGGUCGACGACAAGGAUUACUACAUCGCAUUUCCCCCAUCGGGUCUGCCCAUUCACACUUUCAAGCCCAACACUUCCAGCAGCGCCAAGGAGGUCAAGACACCAAUGACCCCAACCGAUUUUCCAGGUGCCGGUGCCAAUACCGAGCAGUCACUGACAGUAGCCAACAGUAGCAAGGUCUACCUCAACAACAACUACGCAAAUGUGCUGCCAAUCAUGACGCCACCACCUGGCAUGUGCAUACCCUUUCAGCACAUGAACAUCACGCGAGAGCCAUUGAAUAGUACCAGCAAUAAUAAGCCUACCAACGAAAACGGCAACGUCCUUACCAUCCAACCGGAGAUCCAUCCAGAGCCGAGCAGAGCGAAAAAAUUCGUGGAAACGCCGGACGAGAAGGACGACGAGUUGUCGAACGAAAAUGACGCGAACAAAAUGCCAAAGACGGAGAGCCCGAAGGUCCCGAAUACCAAUCACGAGGCGGCAGUCACUGACAACAGGCCGGAUUACGUAAACGUCCAAGUGGCAGCAUCCGAAGACAUAGCGCGAAACUUUGGUGUCACGCUGAAGAAGUUGCCCGUACCGCCGGCACACCAGCGCUGCGAAUUCAAUUUUUACGCGCCGGCUAACGUCGGGGCCAAUGACAAAACUGCCGAGGACUGACUGAGCCCCUGAGCCGCACGAAUUAUUAUUAAUUUUUUUUUUUUUUUCAUAUAGCGAUGUAUUCACGCUCCCUUGUGAAACACACAAAAUAUAUUUAUAUACUCGAGUCACUCACACAUUAUAUAUAUAUAUAUAUAAUAUAGACAUUAUACGUGCGUAUACACGGUUGUUGUGCACGAGUUUUAUUUUUUCUCAUCAUUAGAUAUAAUAUAGUGGAAAACAUAAAUUUGAUCAAGUUGGAGGAUGAAUGUUUUUUUUUUUUUUUUUUUUAGUUUAUGUAUAUAUAUGAGAAAAAAAAAUAAUGUGCCUUUAUAAACAAGUGCGUUAUUUACUGUAGUUUAUCGUCGUAUGGUAGCUUUUUUAUCCGAUGAUUUGUAUUUUUGUACAUGUUUUAUUAUCGAACAAAAAUGAGAAGGAGCAACAAUGAAUUGCGAACUAAUCGAUGAGCGAAUUUUCAUCGUCGUUGUGUCAAAUAUGUUGCUCGGAUUAGUUGUGAUUCGUAAGUGCAAGUGUAACUUUUUUUUUUUUAUAAUUUGAUGAAACGACAUUAGCUUUUAACAUAUGGUCCAUGCCUUUUUUUUUUUUUUCAGUAACUUUUUCGAGUAUUUUGGUACACUCUGUCUGUGCAAUAAGUAUAAACAGUGCCUUUUUUAUAUACAAUUGUAUUUUUAUUAUUGUAACGUAUUAAAUAAAUGUACGUAUAC